GGCCUGAGGCAAUGGUGACGCGGUUGGACUCGGCCAAUGGAAGGCACACAAAUCGUCUCUACCCUGUCUUUACUACAGAUCCAGCAAACAGUUCUUGCCCCGAAGGAUGCGGUCUACGGCUGCGAACAUGACACUAGGCGUGCGAACUGCCUUUCGUCGUCGUCUAGAGCGGUGGAAGUUCUACAACGACAGCGUCACCGUCGUUCAAGUCUGGAAUUCCACCGCCGUGGCGCUCAAGUACUUCACUGGCGCAAGCAACCAGUCCGUCCAGUCGGACGGUGACAUACGGCAUCAUCUCAGCAAAGGAAAGUUGGACAUGGGUGACUCCCUGGUGGCCAAUUGGUACUUGGCAGUCCGGUUGUCUUUCCACGAACCAACAUCGCUUCGCUUGUCCGAGGACAUCGAGAAUUUAAACAUGUACACACUAGUUCAAAGUGGAGAACAGUCGCCGGACUUCUCCCUGCUGCCGUACGCGUUCGCCUUCCCAUACUUCGAAGAGGGGGCAACGCGUGCUCUCAACUACGCCGGCGUGGCCAGCUACAUGGCGGAGGCGCUGAGCCUGCUCUUCCUCGACGCCUACGACAACGAAGCCGAGAGCGCAGCCGCACUCACGGAACACUUCGAGUGCAUGGAGGGCGACGUGCCGGACGUGCUCGGCCGGAAGAACUGGGCUCGCCGCAUGGAGCCCGUCUCCCUGCAGGUGGCGCUGGACGCCUACCACUCGGCGGGCGGCGCGGACACCGCGGCCGGCGACCAUCGGCUGGAGGGCCUCGAGUUCCUCUCGCAAGAACAGCUGUUCUUCGCGGCCGCAUGCUUCACCCGUUGUGCCGGCAGCGGCACUUCCUCGGCACGCAGCGGUCAAGCACGAUGCGACGCCGCCUUUAGACACGUCGACGAUUUCGCCGCCGCGUUCGGCUGCCCCGAAGGGUCGCCACUCAAUCCGCCGACGAGAUGCCACAUCCUCUGAACGAGAGGCUCGGACGCAUCUUUUAUUUUAUUCGUUAUUAGUGGUGUUUCUUCUUUUUCUGCUUUUUGUUGCGAAUGUUGUUGGCACGGUGCGCCACCUUUCGUGAGGAUCGAGGACACGAACUUCUUGUGCAUACAAAACCCGUAUAAUUUCGUAAAAUUUCAUAACGCGCAUAUUCAAUAUGACUUUCUAUCAUACCACGCUUUAUGACGUCCUCAGUCUUUUCACGUAUUACGCUUCCAACCGCGUCGGUCACUACGAUAAGGUACGAAUUGAUACAAGCAGAGCGUAGUUCGAGUUCUUCGUGCUUCUUGUUUUCUAGGAACGUAACCAC